AUGGCUCGCAACCGCAGGCGAGAUCGCCGCUCAGCUUUAUCGCUGCAACGUGUUGCCACCCUCUCGCUCGUGGCGUUGAGUGCCACUCUUCCUACCGUCCACGCCGCCACCCAGCCCAAGGAUUCUGGAGCCGCCGUUCCUCAACCCAGUCUCAACCCGACUGCUUCGAUCGCGCAGGCAGUCUCGCGCACACGCAGGCCAUGGUUCAGCGCCGCCAAGGAUCGUGUCGUUGACUCGGUCUCGCGUUUCCUCUCGCACGCACUCCCCGAUCCCCGCUAUUUCUCUUACGACCUGGACCAAUUCGACGAAGAUCAGAUGCCGUACGAUGACGGCCUUCCUCUCGACUCUGGCAGCAUCCUCGACGGGCCUGGCCUCAACUGGGGCGGCAGCACCCUCGAAGUGGUCCGCUCCCAGGCCAUCUUCCUUACCCGCUCGGCUGCUUUCGGUCCACGCGUGACGGACGACCUGGGCCUCAAGGGCUUCCUCCUUCCCAUCUCGGAUUUCUACAAGGUUCCCAAGGACGCGGCAUUUUUCACAUCGGACGCAAGCGGCGAUCCAAUCCACGCAUGCCCGUACAAGGGUGGUCCCGGAUCCAAACGCGACGUCCUGCACCACAAGUACGAAGACGAGGACGACCGCCGGCUCUACUCGGCAUUCUAUCCCGACUCGCAGGCGCAAGCUCCUUUCACCUGGACGCACGAAGCAGAAGGAGGCCCGGAAGGAUUGCCCAAGCCACCGCGCAACUGGAUCGCGCUCGUCCAGCGCGGAGGCGGGUGUGGGUUUGCCGACAAGGUGCGGGUGGCGCAGGAGCUCGGCGCGAUCGCGGUGGUCGUUGGCGACGCUCCCAGCCCCAGCUGGCACGGCGGCCGCUCGGGCGAUCCCAAUGAGGAGGGCGAUCCGGGCCUCAGCGGCAAGCGACUCAUCACCAUGUUUGCUCCGGGCGACACGAGCGACGUGCACAUCCCGUCGACGUUUGUUACGCGACCCAGCUACCUUGAUCUGGAACGGCUCAUUCAGGAGACGGAGAAGGACCAAGACGACUGGCAGAGGCAGCAUCCUUCGCAGCACGGCCCUAAAAGUGCUCCUGCCACGCGCGGUCUCGAGAUCGUCAUCAGCAAGGACGACCUGGUGUGGGAGUGGCCGCUGAUCGAUUUCGGCAUUCUGUUACUGCUGCUGCCGAGCUUCAUGACGGUGAUCACCAUCAUUGUGCACCGCAUCCGCAUGGUGCGGCAGAGACGCAAGGAGCGUGCGCCCGAGCUGGUGGUGCUCGGUCUGCCCUGUCUCAUCUGGAGGGGCAAUGGACAGCCGUGGGAGAAGGUUGAAGGUGCCGAUGUGGACCCUGGUCCGGGCAACGGUGGAAGCGACGAUGCCGCGACCUCACGGCCGUUUGCUGCAGAUGAUCUCGAGUCUGGCCGGGCGGGAGAGACGAUUCCGCUGCUGGCGGAGGACGAGAAUGGUGCUGGGCCGUCGCAGCGCACGGCGGCGGUGGAGACGCGGCCGGUGAAUCCGGCCUCGGUGCUGCCGCCGGGACGCACGUACUUUAGCACGGACGAGUGUGCGAUUUGCCUGUGCGACUUUGUCGACGGCGACCGCGUGCGUGUGCUGCCCUGCGGACACAUCUUCCACCGCCAGGAGGUGGACGACUGGCUGGUGCGCGUCAAGAAGCUCUGUCCCAUUUGCAAGCGCGACAUCACUGUGCCCAUCCCACCUGCCCCUCCCGUGGGUGUAGCCACCGCUGUCAGCUCACCUGCUGCUGCUGAUGAAGCGGUGGCGGAGGCAACCGAGGCCGCGGCGCCGGAGAAUCCGGCGGAUGAGAGCAUCGAUUUGAGCCAGCACCUCGCACAGGACCAUGGCCACGACCAGCCCUCCAACGGACGCCAGGUCUAG